AUGAGUCCUCUGGGUAUCAAAGGAGGAAUGGUUGUUUCUGAUGAAUUUGAAUCACCUGAACGAUUGGCAGAAUACAUUCAUUAUCUUGAUCAAAAUGAUGAAGCUUACUUAAAAUACUUGGCUUACAAAGAUCAACCGGAACUUCCAAAUAAAUGGUUAUCGGAAACUCUUAAUAAUCGAAAGUGGGAUUUAAAUGGAGAAGAUACAAACAACUUUGUUGGUGGAUAUGAAUGUUAUGUUUGUGGAGAGAUGCAUAGGAUGGAGGCAAAAUUGAGAAAAGGAAUAAAAAUCUCACCGCGUGUUGUACCACAUAAUCAUUUAGAUUGUUCACCACCCCAACCAUCUAUUGGAGAUAUAUCUGAUAUUCCACCAAAUGAUCACUUACAUAAUUGGAUCAGUGAUUAUUGGCAGAAUCUUGAUCAAGCAGUUGCAUUGCGUGAUAUGGUGUUGGAGGGUGUGAGUGACUCAGAAUCAUUGUGGUCAUAUAUUGAACGUAGAUAUCAUGCUGGGGAGGGAGCCAUGCAACACAACGAGUUAUGAGAAUUGGGUUGUGAAAAGAGAGUUAAACUUUGGUGGUCGAGGUCGGACACACGGGGUCAGUGCAACACGUUCCACCCAUCAGUAAAGCGCCCUCUGGUGAUUGAAUGCAAUCAUUUGAUGUCAAAGUGAUCGCCAAUGAGCCGUGACUUUGAUUGCUUCGUUGUCGCUGACGUGUCAUGUUGGCUGCUCGACUGACACGAACACGUUUACGAACAAAAAUAUCCAAUGGUUUUAUGCAUGAUCUGAAAUUACAAAUAAACCAAAGUUUCAUAUAA